AUGGGCAUUUGUUUUACUAAAACUAAGAAGGAUAAGCCAUCAAAUCUGAUACGUCUAAUAAAAAUAGAAAAUGAAAAUACGAUCCCUAAACCUUUCACAUUGUCUGAAUUUUAAACCAAGAUAUUAACCACUUGGUACACAAUGGACAAUUUACUAAGCUAAUUGGUCUCUUGUGAAAGAACACUUCAGAUAAAAUUGUUACAAAAAGCCAUUAAUCAAAUUUUAAUGGGUUAAAGUACAAAUCAUUAAAUGAAUGAUGUGACCAUUGGCUUAUUAUUGGAUCUAAUGGAGAGACUAGCAUUUCAGAUUGAAGAAUUAAUAAGAGAAGAGCUUCUAGCAGAAGAAGUCAGUACAAAGUUCUAUCAAUCUUAUACUUAGAUUGCAUAACUUUCUUUGGAAUACUCAAACUGGAAAAACAAUUCCACUACUGAGAAAACUCAAGUUUGGAGUUUUAUUUGAAAAGUCAUAUAUAUUCUUACUAUAUUAAUUAUAAUUAUAAAUGAACUAAUAAGAAUAAGAAAAGUUUAAUCAAAUCAUCUCAAAUGGUUACAAAGAACUCAUAACCAAAAGACCAAGCAAACCUUUGGAGCAUUUUAUCUAUUAUUUAUUGACAUCUUUACCUGAAGAAAUAAGAAACAAAGACCAGAUCACUCGUGACUUCUUUGAGCAAUAUCAGGAAAUAGAUCUAAAGGAUGUCAAGGAGAUUUGA